CUACGUAUGCGGCGGGUAUUAAUAAAGUGACCUUUGAACCUAGUCCUACAUCGCACGCAUGUCACGCGCGUCGCACCCACUACCAUUUGUCGACCUUGGCGAAUUAAUCUAGACUCUACACGAAGUUCGUCAAUAAGUGGAUUUCUGAAGCCGACCAGUGCAGUGUGUGGUGGGGAUAUAUCCAUCGAAAACCUCAUAAAAAGACAUUUUGUAAUUUCAAAGAGAGAAAUAGCAUUAGCGUGUCGAGGCGUUGAGAAAGAAGAGACGCCGUGUCAUUGAACAGUUGAAGAGCUACGUCGCUCUACCCGCCCCCAGCCCAGCCCAGGCCAAGCCGUUGCUCUGGUGAAGAUUAGACGCGCUACGUGUAGUUUGCAUUUUGGGACGAUUUGGACUUUGGCCCUUUGAAAGUUUGAGUUCUCUGUAGUUUUGUGACUUGUAAAGAUACAGAAACCCCUCUUUUAAAAUGCCCGAAGAAGAGCAAAAGCAGGUGUCGAAAGAGGCCGAGGCAAAGAUUUACUCAUUAGCAGAGGUCCAGAAACAUAAAACAAGCUCAUCACUAUGGCUCGUUAUUCACAACAAAGUUUACGAUGUAACACAAUUUUUGGAUGAGCAUCCAGGUGGUGAAGAAGUAAUGAUAGAACAAGCUGGUGGUGAUGGGUCUGAAUCUUUUGAAGAUGUUGGCCAUUCAUCUGAUGCAAGGGAACUAAUGAAAGACUAUUACUUAGGAGAAUUAGCAGAGGAGGACAAAUUUUGUUCAUCAUCAAAGACAUCAUCUGGAUUUGGCAACCCAUCAGAGUCGCAAGGAAGUUUCUUCUUGAACUGGAUCCUGCCUGCCGCUGUUGGUAUUAGUGUGGCUGUAAUCUACCGUGUCUUCUUCUCCGGCAGUAAUUAACAAGACAACUUGUCCUUCAUUCGAUGUUGCACACGGGACCAACAGAAACCUCUGCGUUUUUCUCUUCAUCAAAUCAAAGAAUAAGAAUCAAUUAUCUGGACAAACAAAUGUAUAGAUCUAAUGAAAGCGAGUCAAUGUGUUCUUCUUUGAGAGUACCGAAGGGCUUAUUUUGUCAAAAAUGAAUUUACAUUUUCUUUGAAGGGAAUAGAUCAAUCUCAUACAAAAUAUUGUUGGAGCAAUUUUUCAAUAAUUUCUCAAUUAUUCCAGUAAUUUGAUAUACAUGUACCUACAGCCACACUACUGCAAUUAGUAUACAAUGUACAUGAUGUGUACUGCUACCUGAACUUGGCAUUGUGCACUAUUAAUAUCAAAGUGGCCAUCAGUGAUUUGUAUGUGGUGCCAGAAAAGGCCAUAUUGCUGUAGAUAAGAUAUGUACUUUAACAUGUACAUACAAAUAUAUAUACAUGUAUAACAUUUUCAGAAGGAGAUCUUGGUCUUCUUUUUUUUUUGCCUCACAAUUUUUGCAUUGAUGACAAAAUUGACAUGCAAUACCGGUUCACAUUAUAAAGUGUACAGCUCCCCGCUAUCCAUAUUGUAAUUCAAGCAUGUUUAAUCAAAUUUUAGUUAGUGCUUUUCAGGUUCAUUCCAUUGUGUAAAAAAAAUAAAAAUGGCACAAUAUACAGACAUACCGGUAGCUUCAAAUUUGUGUGAUUUAACACAAAAUUGAUUACUACAUUAUAAAGUUGCUUUAUAGAUUAUCAUGUCACUGUAACAUCAAUUUCUGAAUGUAAAAAAUCAUUUGUUUUUAUACGUGUAGUGACCAGAUUUUUCCUGCAUUUUGUGUUAAUUCUUUUUAAUGAAAGCUAUGUAAUAUAUGAGAUGCGACAGUAGUUAUUAUCUGCUUCACAUAUCAACGGAGCUACACAUAAUUGUACAAGUAUUCAAAAUGGACACAAGUUAUGUAAUAUAAUACUGAUUGAUUAAAUCAAAAUGUGUCAAUCUAAUGAGAAUCAUGUGAAAUUACUAAUGUAUUGAAUUUAAAAAGAUUAAAAUAUAGAAAGCUGUGAGCAUUUGAUUGUAUACUUCUAAUUUGUACAUCAGGUAAUUGGAGAAUAAUUCAGUUUACAAUGGUUACAGUGGUAUGUUUAGCAGUUGCAAUUGGAUAUACAAGUAUUUCUGUUGUACCAAACAAGCCUCUUUAUGAUGAUAAUAAUAAUAGUCACAUAGUGCUUGAUACCUGUACUAUGUUCCUAAGCGCUUUACAUUGUAAUUAUUAUCACUCCGGUCAUUGGAUUUAAUUUUUAAUCGACACAUGAUAGUGUAGACGCUCUACUCCCUUGGGAGUUUUUCAGACAGGCACCAUUUUGCAAUCAAACCACAUUAAUGUUCGCAUCCUACCAAGUACCCAUUUAACACCUGGGUGGGGAGGGGCAAAUGUAGAUUAACGUCUUGAAAGGACACUAGUGCGGCGGUGGGACUUGACCCAAGAACCAUGUGGUUCAGUCUGAUGACAUAUCCACUACACCAUGAUACCUCUACCUUAAUUUGCAUUAUCCAAUGUGAAUAGGCAAACCAAGAUAGCAUGAAAAGAAGGGAAAAAUGAUUAUGAUCACACCUCAGUAAUAAAUUGCUAUCCUUAAAGUAAACAUCACACACUAUCAUCGCUUUUAUGAUUUUAUACCCUAUCCCUGAUUAGUGUUAUUGAUAAUAAAAAUUUAUAUAAAUCA